GCUUUCGUCGAAGAUGUGUCAUAUCCGUUGAAUACGUCGGAAGCAGACAGUUGCGAACUGGCGCGCCGCGAAGAUGAGCGCAAAUAUUGCCAAGUUUAUGCUACUGGCAAAUGACAAACUCAUAGAGGCUGCUCUACCGGUUUUCGUUAAUCGCACCAAGAAGGAACAUUGGAUACACGCGGGUUCUGCUGGUGUACGCUUUCAGCUGGUAGACAUUCCUAUCGCGGGAGAUGCUGACGUGGGACUGAGAACCGAGGAUGGCGGUUCGAUCACCGUUACCUUUGAAGGACUUUUGAAAUUGGGUAUAUCCCACGGAGGGCAGGCGCAGUACGUGGCCAGCAUGGCGCUGCCGUCUCCAUUCUCACCGCUGCAAGAGAUGAAGCCAUCUUCGCUGCAGCAGCGAACAGUUGUGCUCGACGAAAAACUACGCGAGGAUCCAGCGGUGCGUGUUCAUACGAACGUAUACAGCGUAACGAUGGCUCCCAAGCACGAAUUUACGCGUGACCUGAUAGUGAAACUCAACUAUCCUCAUCAUACUGUAGAGAACAAGUGGACAACGGCGAUUCUCUGUACAUCCCUCGUGCAGGAGCAGCACGGUGGUAGAGACAACGUCGUGUUCUCGCCGGACGGCUGCUAUGCACACGAGCACUCCGACACGCACACUGUCUGCGCGUGCCUGCACUGCACCAACUUCGCUCUUCUCGUACAGAUGUCCGCAGUUACGGUGAGCAAGAGCAGCGAUCUGGCUCUGCGCUACCUCACAUACGUAGGACUGUCUCUCUCAGUUCUGUUCGCCACCACGACAAUUCUCGUCCUUAUUUCACUGAAACAUCUUCGCUCCGAGAAGGUUUUCAUAGUGAAAAAUCUCAGCAUGACCUUGAUUGUCACCCAGAUUACACUGAUGGUCGGAUGGGAGAGGGUCAGCAGUCACGUUGCCUGCCUAUUAUUGGCAAUUAUGAUCCACUUCUUCUGCCUGGCCGUGUUCAUGUGGAUGCUAUGUCAGGCAGUGAACGUUGUCUUCAUCAUCACCAUCGUAACGCCACCGUCAAAGACUCAACUGAUGUGGUUGUAUUGCGCGAUCGCGUACGGUAUUCCAGCCCUGCUGGAUGGCAAAUGA